AUCAACAUCCGAAUUAGAAAACAUAAAACUUGAUAUAUUUCUUGACAUCCUCCAGCGAUGCCCAACGAAAAGUGAAUGAAACUAAAUCGCCUUUAUGCUCUGUCAUCCCUGCAGGUCUUCGUUUGCAUGUGUGCUCUGUUCGCUGUGGCCAACGCUGGCUUCCUGGGACUCCUCGGCGGAGGCGGCGGUCUUGGUGGCGGCAGCGGUGGCCUUAGCAUUGGAGGCGGUGGUGGUGGCAACGGAGGCGGCGGCGGCGGUGGUGGUGGUCGCGGCUACGGCGGUCCAGGUCCCAGUGCCCCCGUCCAGGUGGUCAAGGUGAUCCACCAGCAGGGCGGCAGCAGCGGUGGCUACUCCUCCGGCGCCAGCUAUGGCGGUGGCUACAGCUACGAAGCUGCUCCCCAGAUCUUCAAGGUGAAGGUCAUCUCUGGCGGCAGCAGCGGUGGCUAUGGACCCGCUCCCGCUCCCAUUUACUCUGCUCCUGCUGGCCCCGCUCCCUCCUCCGUUAAGGUGAUCAAGAUCCUGCAGGAGUCCGCUCCCGUGGCUAGACCCGCUUUCAUUGGCGGCUCUUCAGGUGGCUCUUCUGGUGCCGUGUCCCAGGUCAUCAAGGUCGUUCACGAGAGCGGCAGCUCGUCGGGUGGCUACGCUUCCGGCGGUUACGCCUCCGGCGGUUACUCUUCGGGUGGAGCCGCCAAGGUGGUGCGUGUGAUCCAUGAGCACUCCGCUCCAGCUGUCGCACCUGCCUAUGCUCCCAUCGAUUUGCCCGCACCAGUGGCUGCUCCAGUGGCUUCUUAUCUGCCUCCUCAGGAGAUCGCUGCUCCAGUUUAUGCCGCUCCUGCUCCAGCUCCAGUCUACGCUGCUCCCGCGCCAGCUCCAGUCUAUGCUGCUCCCGCGCCAGCUCCAGUGUACUCCGCACCUGCCCCGGCUCCAGUCUAUGCCGCCCCUGCUCCCGCCCCAGUGUUCUCUGCUCCUGCUCCCGCUCUAGAGUACUCUGCUCCCGCUCCCGCUCCAGUGUACGCCGCUCCUGCUCCUGCUCCCGCUCCAGUGUACUCUGCUCCAGCUUCCGCUCCAGUGUAUGCCGCUCCUGCUCCCGCUCCAGUGUACUCCGCACCUGCCCCAGCUCCAGUGUAUGCCGCCCCAGCACCCGCUCCCGUCCUGAGUGUGCCACAUCCCGCUCCUGCACCCGUUUUUGCUCCCGAGGAGCAGUCCCUGCCCAUCGGCCACGCCCCUGCCCAGACCUACGGCCCACCAGCGUACUAGAGAGAUACGCCAUCAAUUGGAGGACCUUCCUGCUAACUACAUCGACAGCAUAUUACCAUUCCUACACAACGCCAUGAGUUAAUUUAAGACAUUUUUUUUACGACACAUUUUUUUGUUACCAAAUACAUAGACAAUUCCAAAAAAAUUCACAUUUUGCAUUUCAAUUAGUGUUGCUACUUGAUAAAAGGUUAAAAAAUGGAUUAUAAUCUAUCAAAAGUACAUUUUUUGAAACAUUCAUUUAUUCUUAUGUUUCUAUAGAAAACUGAAAAGCUUCAAAACCAAUUUGCUUUUUAUUACUACUUCAUAGAAGAAAUUUCAACAUGAUUUUUUUCACGAUAGAUUUGCAUACUUUCAUACGGGGCAAUACACCAGAUGAAAUACAAACUAUACUAAACGUUAAGAUUAAAGACGAGCUCAUUUACAAAUUGUAAGUUUACCUACUUUUAAGAUUUGCAUAAGUUGGCUGGGUGAAAAGAAACCGCGUUUGCCUCUUUUCUGUCGCGCAUUUCAGCCAAAAUGCAAAUCACUCAUAUUUUUGAGUUAAAGAUUGCCAAAGCAUUAUCAUAUCAACGGUCCCACAGCGAGAAAUAUUACACAUUUCUCUUCAGCAGCGCACACAUAUUAUUAUAAACUAUAAACACACCGUUUAGCGGCAUAACAUAAAAAAAAAAAAGAAAAAAAUUGUUUGCCUGGUGGAUCACGGGUCAUUAAUACGAUAUUAUGAUUCGCUUUUUAUUGUUUCAUAACUCUCUGGCUUUUAAAGGUGAUCGUUAUG